AGCAAGUUCGAUUGAAAACAGUACCGGCCGCACCGGUGUUAAAUAAUCCAUUACUGACGUCACAUUUUUUUUAUUUUUCGCACACUCUAACCUUGUGUCGCAAAGCGUGCAAAUCGACCACAAUUCGCGUUUAGCUAAAACCGAUCGACAUGACCGCAGUUCACUCCACGCCGAUAAACUUGCGAGAAAACAGAUAAUUCCUUUAAUUGAUUACAAGAAUUCCCUUUUAUGUUUGCAUUGUGUUAGUCAUAGCCGACCGGCGAAAAUGCUAUUCGACUGGUGAACAUAACGAACUGCCACUUCUUCCACGAUGGAAAGACCGCUUUUGGUGAUGGUGUUCGUGGGACUGUGCUGUGCCGAAGUGACCGCUCUGGAGAUUAAAAUUCCUCAGGUGCCGUCCAUCAGCACGAUCGUUAACAGGAUCACCAACACCACGUUUGGUAUAGUCCGCGGCGGAAUAAACGCCGUUUCGCGGACCGUAGACCGAAUAAUAGACACCUUCGGCCGAGUCGAAGACCGCCUGCGCCACCUCCUCGAGGAGUUCCGCAAACUAAUCCUCCGGGGAAUCCCGGAACUCAGCAUCCCCAUCCUCGACCCGCUCCACAUCGAAAAAAUCGAAUUCGACGUCGUCCACGACGCGGCAGGCCUUAAAGGUAACGUCCAAGACGUAACAGUCCGGCACAUCUCCAAGUUCGUCAUCGACGACGAAAAGUUCAAGGAUUUGGGCGGGCUGAGGUAUAAGCUGGACCUGAACCUGACCUUCCCGCGUUUAACCAUAGACGGCUUCUACAAGCUCAACGGACUCGUCGGGGAUUCCAUUCCCAUUUUCGGCGAGGGCGAGUUCUGGUUGAAUCUGAUCGAUUUUAAACUGGCCAUUUCGACGGUGAUCCAGUUCGACCACCUCAAGUUGAAGCUAACGUCUUUGUUUAUUAAUAUUAAGUUGAGGAAGCUGGAGAAUCACUUUGACAAUUUUAUGCACGACGAGGAAAUCGGGGAGCUAUUUAAUAAGGCAAUUUCGAAAAUGGCACCGGAAGCUAUCGAUCUGUUGUGGCCCGAUAUUAAGAAACCGAUCGAGGAACAAGUCAAGAAUUAUGUAAACAGUGUGUUCGACAAUGCAACUAUAUCAAGUCUCGCCAGAAGACUGUUCAAUGUUAAGUGAAUAUGAAGCAGAAUUCCUUUAGUUGUAGCCUAAUGUAGUAUUAAUACACGAGAAUGAUUUAUUUUUAUUA